UCCCCGCAGAAGCUUUUCCGCCUGCCCGGGGGCCCGACGCUGACGUUCAAGGUGACGCAGUACUCGCUGAUCAAGGACGUGGUCUCGUCCCUCAAGCGGCACCGCAUGCACGAGCAGCAGUUCACCCAGCACCCGCUGCUGGUGCUCAGCAACUUCGGCCUCCACCAGAUCCACGUCAAGCUGAUGGCCAGCAUGUUCCAGAACAUGUUUCCCUCCAUCAACGUCCACAAGGUCAACCUCAACAGCAUCAAGAGGUGUUUGCUCGUCAGCUACGACGCCGAGACGCAGCUCCUCGAGUUCCGACACUACAGCGUGAAGGUGGUGCCCGUGGGCAUGAGCAAGGGCCUGAAGAAGCUGCUGCAGGAGAAAUUCCCCAACAUGAGCCGCCUGGAGGACAUCAGCGAGCUGCUGGUCAAAGACAUAAACCUGUCGGAGAGCGAGGCCGAGCAGGACGGGACCCACAACAUCCUGGAGCUGCCUCAAGCCUACGCCGGCCGGGGGAACAUGAAGGCGCAGCAGAGCGCCGUGCGCCUCACCGAGAUCGGGCCCCGCAUGACGCUGCAGCUCGUGAAGGUGGAGGAGGGCUUGGCGCAGGGCAACGUGCUCUACCACGGCUUCAUUCACAAAACGGAGGCGGAGGUGCAGGAGAUGCUGGCGAGGAAGGAGGCGAAGCUGCGGCUGAAGGCGGAGCGGCGGCAGCAGCAGGAGGCGGCCGUGGAGCGCAAGCGGCAGCAGCGGGAGGCUCACCGGGAGAAGAGCCUGGCGGGGAUCCGGAGGAAACGGCAGCUGGACGGCGACAGCGACGCCGAGGACCCCGGGGCGCCGGAGCAGCAGGAUGGGGCCCCGCAGUCGGACGAGAGCGACGCCGAGUAUUACCGGCAGGAGGUGGGCGAGGAGCCCGACCAAGAUCUCUUUCCCAACCGCACCAAGAGGCCUCGAGGCCCCUCGGGCUCCGCCGUGCCACGGAAACGCCGGCGGCGCAGCCAGCAGGAGCAGCCCGGAGCCCCAAAACCUCGCCCGGCGGCACCGGGGGGGAAGCCGCGAAAAAAGGGCCCGGCGAGGAUGGACUCGAAGCCCCAGGGAAAAGCCGGACGAGGAAACAAGCAGGCGGCCCGGGAGGGACAGAGCCGAGGCCCCAAGAAGCGAGGGAAGCUGCUGGCCAGGGGGAAAACGAUUUUCAGGCGGCCCGGGAACGCCAAGAAGGGGAAGCGCUCGGGACGCCUCCCGUCCCCAGGAGCCCCUCAGCGAGCCUCCAACCGCCGCACCGAGGCAGCGGCCCGAAAACCCCCCCCGGGAAUGGCCAACGCCACCUCGGGCAGCCCCUGCGCCAACUUCAGCCGCUCGCAGGAGGUGCUGUGGCCGGUGCUGGCGGCUCAAUUCCCUCCGGCGCUGCUGGGCAACGCCUUCGCCGUCUUCCGCCUGGCCCGCCGGCGCUCGUGGCCGGCGCCCGCGGUUUAUUCCUUCCACCUGGCCGUCAGCGGCGCGCUCUACUCCCUCUCGCUGCCCGCCCUGGCGGCGUAUUACCGCCCGCCCAAGCGCUGGAGCUACGGCGCGGCCCUCUGCAAGCUCGAGCGCUUCCUCUUCAACUGCAACCUCUACGGCAGCAUCUUCUUCGUCGCCUGCAUCGGCCUCAACCGCUACCUGGGCAUCGUCCACCCGCUGCGGCUCCGCGGGCGGCUGCGCUCCCGGCACGCCCAGGCGCUGAGCGCGGCCGUCUGGGGGCUGGCGGCGGGGCUGGCGGCCCCCACGUUGGUUUUUGCGGAGGUGCGGGAGGAGGGGGGCACGGUGGAGUGCUUGGGGAGCGCGGCGCGGGAGCGCCUGCCGCGUUUCAUCCCCUACAGCCUGCUGCUGGCGGCGCUGGGCUGCGCCCUGCCCUUCCUGCUCACCGCCUUCUGCUACGGAGCCGUGGCCCGGGUGGUUUUUCGCAACCCCGGCCUGAGCCCGCUGGAAAAACGCAAAAUCGGGGCGCUGGCGGGGGCCAGCGUGGCCCUCUACGCCUUCUCCUACCUCCCCUACCACGUCUUCCGCAACCUCAACCUGUGGCGGCGCCGCCUGCGGCCUCCCCUGGAGGAUUGCGGCGUCUCGCGCGCCCUCCACGCCGCCGCCCAGCUGGGCAAAGUCCUCGUCAACUUCAACAUCUGCCUGCACCCCCUGCUCUACGCCGCGCUGCGCCGCCACCGCCGCCGCCACGAGGAGCGGGGCCAGCGCCUCGAGAUGCAGCCCGGCACCGCGGGGGGACCCCGAAACGGCGGCGCCGCGAGACCCCCGGGGGAACGUUCCCCCGGCAGCGCGGGGGGACCCCAAAACAGCGGCGCCGUGGGACCCCCAGGGGAACGUUCCCUGCCCGGAGAGGGCGGCGAUGCCGGGGAUUAA